AAUAUAGUUGAAACAUAUUUACACCUUCAAAUUACACGGCUAUUAUUCUUUCACAUAGCUGUGUGUGGACUUGAGCUCAGCAGCCACAGCUCAAAACCAUACAUAAUUGCAUACAAGAUGCAGCCUUCAGAUGCACAGUGAAUGUUUGAUGGACGCUACUGUAGCAUAUCCUGUUUCAGACCAAUUUUUAAAGAGCAUAAAAAGAGACAAGAGCGUGAAAAUUCCUAACCCUCAAUGAAAGGUUUUCAAAAUCCAGUGCUUAUGGAAUGAUGGGACAAUCCACAACAUCCCGGACUGCAAAAUUCCCUAUCAAUUGGUAGUACAUAUUUACGAGGAAUCAUCCCAGCCCUGUCAAUGGGGGGAAGGAGAAAGGCUUUGGUGUUGGGCGGUACUACUGAUGUUGUGAAUUCAAUAUUGGCUUUCAAUAAGCCCACCUCGACAGAAGUUUCAUCUUCAUUGCGUCUUUCUGCGGGACUUCUGCAUGUGCACUUUGAGGAAGGUUCAAGCUUGCAGGAUUUACUGGGUGAACGGGGAGGAAAGGAAACAGCUUUUGAUGAUGCAGUCAUCGUAGGAGUCGCUGCAGCAACAUUAAGGGAACUAUCUCUCACUUCCGGUUCAUUGGUGAUUGUAAAAGAUGCUCAUACAAAUUUAGGAAGGCUCGCAAGAGUCCUUGUUUUGGAUCCUCCAGAUCGAAGUUCUGCAGAUUUCAACCAAUCACAGAAAUUGUUAUUUUCUCACUUGCCCUGCACAAAGCAUAUGAAAAGCCUUUUGUCUGCUUACUGUUUGCCUCGAGAAAGAAGCUUGGCCAUUGACCCACAUAUGGCAUAUCUCUCACCUCAGUUGGCCUUUAAUAUUGGCCUGCAUAUAGCAUGCCUGAAAGUUCUCAUAGGUAGCGGUCAAGAUUCAUUUGCUUCUCUGUUUCUUAAUUGUUCUUUUGCUGAAAAUAAGUAUCUUAAGACAACUGCUGUAGUGGAUAUUAUUCCUUAUUCUGAUCUUCAUCAAUUGCAUUGCUUAGUUCCCAAAGAGAAAGUGCCUAGAAACCAAAAUUGUGGUUUUGAGUAUUGUAAACCUGAUAUGCCUAGAUAUGCAUCACACUUGAGGAUAUCCUUUGUCAAAAUACCUUCCAGCAGAAUCUUUGAUAAAUUAAGAACUGGCUAUCCAGUAGAAGUAGAAGAACGGCAAGAAAUGAUAGAUGCUGCUUUACACUGCUAUUUCAAAGUUGACAGGCUUCUUGCAAGGGGAGACAUUUUCUCCAUACAGCUUGCUCAGAACUGUAGAUCUGAUUUCUGCAGUAAUUGCGAUAGCAAGACAAGAUCACUCUCUUCUGACAAUGUGAUCUACUUUAAGGUCAUGGCUAUGGAGCCUAAUGAAGUGAUUCUCCGUGUCAACUGCAAUCAAACUGCACUUGUACUUGGUGGCAGUGUGCCUUCCCUCUUGCCUCCUGCUUUCCUGGCUACUUGUAGUGUAGAUUGCACACCUUUACAACAGGAUAUAGCUCAACAGUUGGCAUUUUUGCUUGCACCUUGCAUGUAUCCAUCUGCAUUUUCUUUCAAAUUUAAGACCACGGUACUUUUGGAAGGCCCAUCAGGCUGUGGGAAACGCACCAUUGUUAGACAGGUUGCAAAGGCCUUGGGUCUACAUGUUGUUGAAUACAAUUGCCAUGAUUUUCUGGGAGCUUCAGACCGAAAGACAUCUGUUGCUUUAGGACAAGCUUUUAGUACUGCUCAAGGGUAUGCUCCUGUCAUUCUUCUAUUGCGCCAUUUCAAUGUCUUAGCAACAUCUACAAAUGGAAAUUUGUCAUCUGAUCAGACUGGAUCUGCUUCUCAAAUUGCUUCUGUUCUUCACCAAUUUACCGAGGCGCAUCUGAGCAAGAAAGAGCAUAAUGUUGAUCCAGUUGAAAUAAAGGACGAUCUUAAUCUACCUAAAACUUGGGGUAUAAAAAAAGGUCUAACAUUUUUAGUAGCAGCUGCUGACAGUACUGAAAAUAUUACACCUUCCAUCAGGCGUUGCUUCAGCCAUGAGAUAACUAUAGGUGCUCCUACUGAGGUCCAACGGAUCAAAUUGCUCUCUCAGUCUAUUCAUGGUGCAGCAAGUGGUCCUGACAAUGAUAUUGAUCUGUAUUUGAAGGACAUUGCUGGACAGACAUCAGGGUUCAUGCCUAGGGACAUUCGAGCUAUAAUUGCUGAUGCAGGAGCGAGCUUGGUGUCCAGAAUUGAGAAGAGCAAGAAAAAUGAAUUGAUUGAAUUUAGUCAAAGCUUUGAUGUGCGAUUGUCUGAAGCAGAGAACAGACACGAGUUUUCAAAUGCUGAAGAACAUUUCUUGUGCAAGCAGGAUUUGGAACAAGCAUUUGACCGAAUUAAAAAGAGAACUGCAUCAUCUUUGGGGACACCAAAAGUACCAAAUGUAAAGUGGGAAGAUGUUGGUGGACUUGAGGAUGUGAAGAAGGCAAUUCUUGACACAGUUCAGUUACCUCUUCUGCAUAAGGAGCUUUUUUCAUCUGGGAUACGUCAACGUUCAGGUGUGCUUCUUUAUGGGCCUCCUGGUACAGGCAAGACAUUAUUGGCAAAAGCAGUGGCAACUGAAUGUUCCCUGAAUUUCCUUAGUGUGAAAGGACCUGAGCUGAUUAACAUGUAUAUAGGAGAAUCAGAAAAGAACGUUCGAGAUAUUUUUCAGAAGGCAAGAGCUGCAAGGCCAUGCAUAAUUUUCUUUGAUGAACUUGAUGCUCUUGCUCCUGCUCGGGGGGCAUCUGGGGAUUCAGGCGGAGUCAUGGACAGAGUAGUAUCUCAGAUGCUUGCUGAAAUAGAUGGUCUAAACGAAACAACCCAGGACUUGUUUAUUAUAGGGGCUAGUAAUCGUCCUGAUCUUAUUGAUCCUGCCCUUUUACGACCUGGUAGGUUUGACAAAUUACUGUAUGUAGGUAUCAGCUCAGACUCAUCUUUUAGAGAACGGGUACUUGGAGCAUUGACCCGAAAGUUCAAACUUCAUGAGAAUGUAUCAUUGUCAGCAAUAUCCAAAAGGUGUCCCCCAAAUUUUACUGGUGCUGAUAUGUAUGCUUUAUGUGCGGAUGCCUGGCUUCAAGCUGUGAAACGCAAUGUUGCAGAUAAAAUGUCAAACACUGGAGAUGUUGGUGAAAAGCAUGAUUCAGUUAUUGUGGAGCUUGUAGAUUUUGUGAAGGCACUUGGAGAGUUGUCACCAUCACUGUCUCUGGCAGAGCUCAGUAGGUAUGAAAAGUUACGUGAGCAGUUUGAAGGCCAGUCAAAAUAAAAAUUACACCUCCAAAGCAUUUGGAAGACUCGUUUAUCUUCUAAUCAAUGUGAGUUUGCCAAAUAUGAUGGUAGUGAAAUUUUCUAAAUUGCAUUUGAAAUGACAACACCCUUUCCAAGAAGAGUGAAUCUACGGGACUCUAUUACGUUGAUGAAGGCCUUCAAUUUUUGAAGCACUCUGAUGUGCAAUUGAGUUUUUGAUUGGCAUUCAUAUGUUGAGCUCAUAGUUCUUGAAUCCCAAAAGCGUUUAAUGUAUUGCUAAAUUUUUUAUUUUGAAGCAGACCUGGGUGGGAAAUCAUCAGAUCAGUGUUAUUAUUGACUAGCAGGGUAAAAAAUUGGAAGAUUCACUACAUCUGUAUAAGGGGGAAAUGGAUCAAUCAAAUGGUGAUUUUGGUGAGAUGACACAUCGUUUUUGAAACAAGAGAAUCAUUCAACAAAUAAAAUUUGCAUUCCAUCAUUUCUAUAUGGUCAACAUCAUAAGAACGUCAGUUGGACAGCAUACAUCCUUUUCCACCCUUUGAAUGAAAUUCUUGAUUGAUAAUGCAUAAACUGCUUCAUGCUGUGCUGAAGCUCUUAAAACUGAGAACAGCACUUUGUGAGAAAGUGGUAAUGAGAAAAUCAGGUAAACAAUUUGUACAUAUAAACAUGUUGAUCACUUGACAAUACCAUUAAAAUACUUCUGGAAAACUAUUCAGAAAAAGACCACAGUUGUACGUAACAAUAAGUCAAUGAAUUCAAAUAGCUCCACUUAAAAA